CUCAGUUCGCUCCGCCGCUCCUCAUUUUUCCUCCAGCCCCUUUGCCAGCUUCAUUGCCCUUCUCUGCACACGCUCCAGGCCCCUUCUUGGAGCGAAGGGCCCAACACCGAACCCAGGAUUCGACGUGCGGCCUCACCAGUGCAGGGGGAGCCCCCUUCCCUGCUCCUGCUGCCCCCGCGGCUGAUCCCGGCCCGGAGCUGGCGCGCGUGGCACCCGGGCGCUGCCGGCUCCCGCAGGGCCCUCUGCAGGCAGCGCUGCAGCCGCUCCGCGAGGGGGCGCUGUGCGGCCGGAAUCCCGCGAGAGGCGGCGGAGACCGGAAGCGCCCGCAGCACCGGGGCAUGGGGAGGAUCGGGCUGCAGCUGCGCGCCACCCUGGAGAACAUCACCCGUCUGCGGGCCGAGGGAGAGGACUUCCGAUGGUACCUGAAGCUGAAAUGUGGGAACUGUGGUGAAGUUUCUGAAAAAUGGCAGUAUCUGCGAUUGAUGGACAGUGUUCCCCUGAAGGGAGGCAGAGGAAGUGCCACUAUGGUGCAGAAGUGCAAGCUGUGCUCCAGGGAGAACUCCAUUGAGAUUUUAAGUCAGACAAUCAAGUCUUACAAUGCUGAAGACAGCGAGAAAUUCAAAACGAUAGUAGAGUUCGAAUGCCGAGGUCUGGAACCGGUUGAUUUUCAGCCACAAGCAGGGUUUGCUGCUGAAGGUGCAGAGUCUGGCACACCUUUCAAUGACAUAAACCUGUUAGAAAAGGAUUGGAAUGACUAUGAUGAAAAAACAAAGGAAUCUGUUGGAAUCUAUGAAGUUACCCAUAAAUUCAUAAAAUGCUGACAUUCGUAUCCCUAAUAAAUCUUGACAUGCUUAUUGAUGAAGGAGCUGUACCCAUCAGAGAUGCAGCAUACUCAAGAGUUACUUUUCACGUGGCUGUAUUUCAGAAAUGGAGUACAGUGAGUACUCACUGUCCCCAGGAUGUCCUAAUAAAAUAUUUGCCAUAGAGAACUGUUGAGACGGUGUCAGUACAAACUGAGAACGGUAUGAGCUUGACUGAACUGUGCCAUUCUCUUAAUGUUGUGUUCUUUGGGUAUAUAUAGUUGUAAGGGACUGUAGCUUAACUAUUGUAUAAACAGUAACUACUUAGACAAUUUAUUGCCUGAAAGUUUUUAACAGCCUAUCACCAAGAUAUUCACAAAUGUGUAUUCACAUUUGAUUCUCUAACAUAAGCAAAUAAGGUCUUUUCACUCAUCACUCCUGUUGUCAGGAAAUGGCUAUGAGUGUUUGUAAAGGUACUGCGCACAAAGUUACAUCUCUAAUAGCUUCCUGACAGUUCAAGUAAAGACACUGAGAUGAGUUUACUGAGAACGCUUAAUAAGCUUUUAUGCUAUUGACACACAUGGCUGUUAUAUCUUCUGAAAAUCUGAGUAUGGCAUUAAGUAAACCUGAGUCAUUUCUAGUUAAACUAAGACAGACUUUCUACUUCUUGGCAAGUGUGCUUACAAUCUU